AUGUGCGGAUCUGCAACAACGGGGACGUCGGGCGGUGGUAGUAGCGGUAGUGGGCGUGUAUGGUUGUCUUUGGGGGACUGGUCCGGGGUCGGCUUUUCGUUUGCCUUUGCCGAUCAAAGGGAGGCGACGAACAGCAGCCAGUCUCGGAGUUUUGACUUUUUGGGUUCUUUGUUGUUUGUGGUUGGCGGGCAAGGUGCCAGACCUAAGCCAGCACCACACCACGUCGUGAGGCCCACCGACUCGUUGUUGCAUGCAGGUCGUGAGUGGAGGAGGGCGGCGGUUGUUCUAGUCAAGAUCCGUGCUGUAUGA